GUGCCAUCUCAGCAUUUGUCGUUAAUUUCAUUCAUUUAACUUCAACUCAUUCAUCAAACUUGUUGUCGUAUCCCAACAACUGCCUCCUGCUUGUUGUAUAUCUUUGUACUACGACAAACGCCCUGUUGAACAAUGUUUCUGUGCCAAGUACCUACUCGACCUCCUCCCUUACUCUCUGUCAGAACUAGUAAACAAAUCAUUGCUCUGGUUCGAUCAAAUGCUCAUGCUGUAUUUCCCUCUCGACCGCUGCACACAUUCUGCCGAUUGGCUCCUCAGAACUAUAGCGUAGAAACGACCACACUCUUCAGCCAUACAUCCUGGUCCAACUCUUCCAGUCUGCGCCUGUAUACCACCACAACUAAAUCCAUAUCGGCUCUUGGGCGGACAUCGCUCAUCUUUCUCAGAAACAAUAGCCAAUCCCGUCAAUUUACGUCAGGGGCAAACCUCAAUUUCUUUCAAACGUCUCUACAAAGUUCGCGCACACAUUCAAAUCAGAUAAUCUCGGAUGUGGACACAACAAAGUGUGUUUUCUUUUUUGAUAUCGAUAACUGUCUAUAUUCAAAAAACACUGGAAUCCCCGGAAUGAUGAAGGCAAGGAUUGAAAAGUAUUUUAGAGAUUCUGGUAUUCCGCAUGAUGAAGUGGAAGAUUUGGCCUACCGAUACUAUAUUGAUUACGGGCUCGCUAUUCGAGGGCUUGUGGAGAAGCAUCCUGAGAUCAAUAUCAGUGACUACGAUAGUAAAGUAGAUGGUGAUCUACCAUUGGAAAAUAUCCUGACAGAAAAUCACUUACUUCGGGAGAUGAUCCAGUCCAUGAAUGUCGGCAAGAAGUGGCUCUUUACGAAUGCCGGCGAGAACCAUGCAAACAGAGUUGUCGAAAUCCUCGGUUUGCAAGGGUUGUUUGACGGUACAACUUUCUGUAACUAUUUGGAGCAUCAAUUCGUAUGCAAGCCUGAUCGUAAAGCCUUUGAGAAAGCGAUGAAGCAGGCAGGUGUACAAGAUUCUUCACUCUGUUAUUUCGUCGAUGACUCUGCUCCAAAUGUUGACAUGGCUCUCAAGCUUGGCUGGACCGCUGUUCAUCUCAAUGAGGAUGACCAUCACCACUACUAUCCUCAACAGACACCUAAUACUGAGACAUUAACUCCCGCAAGACUAGAGAUAAAAUCGAUAUUUGAUCUCCCAAAGACUUUUCCUCAGUUUUGGAAUAAAAAAUGAUAAAACCGAAUGAG